AAGAAAACAAAAGAGUCGGAACCCGGUGGCGAGCUUACCCGGCCGUCAUCUCUUUCCCAAACAAGAUCCUGCCUCUCCCUGUCAUGGCGGAUAGUUUAAUCUCACCACCCUCCUGCCCUACUUUAUUAUUGCCUCCUCCACCCUGCUCCCAUCUCGCCAUGUCCUCUCCCUCUCUCUCAUCGAGCCUCUUCUCUGCCUCCUGAGUCCUGGUCUCCGGGCGCCAUGCGGGUGCAGUGCGAUGUCUGCGGCGGCGAGCCGGCCGCGGUGCUGUGCUGCGCCGACGAGGCCGCGCUCUGCUCCUCCUGCGACCGCCGCGUCCACCGGGCAAACAAGCUCGCCGGCAAGCACCGCCGCCUCCCGCUCCUCCACCCCUCCGGCUGCGACAACGGCGACACCGCCGCCGCCGCGGGGCCGCUCUGCGACGUCUGCAAGGAGCGGAGGGGGCUGGUGUUCUGCGUCGAGGACCGCGCCAUCCUGUGCGCCGACUGCGACGACCCCAUCCACAGCGUUAACAACCUCACUGCCAAGCACAGCCGCUUCCUCCUCGUCGGGGCCAAGCUCUCCGCCGCGCUCGUCGACCUGGCGCCCCUCUCCCCGGACUGUAGCGGCGGCUCCGGAGAGCCCGACGACGUCGCCGCCGCCUGCGCGCAGGACUCCUCCACGAACAGGAGCCCGGUUCUUGAGAGCAACAACAACAACAACGGCGGCAGCAGCAUCUCGGACUACCUCACCAACAUCUGCCCCGGCUGGCGCGUCGACGACCUCCUCUUCGACGACGCGGCGUUCUCCACCGCCGCGAAUGCCGGGCGCGGCGAGCACGAGCAGGUACCGUCCAUGGAUGCCAACCUCUUCGACGCUGUCGCCGCAUGGCCGGAGAAGCGCGACGCGUGGGCGGGCGCUCUGGGCCUCGAGGAGGUGCCGGCCGCCAUGCCAGCAUCGGCAGCGGCGAAGGCCGCCAAGCAGGGCCGCGUGAGGGAGAGGUACUGGAACAGCGACAGCGACAGCGACGUGUUCGCCGUGCCAGAGAUCUCGCCGCCGGCUCCACCGACCAAGAGGGCGCGCCCGUCGUCGUUCUGGUGCUUCUGAGCCUGUAUCAGUCCGGCGAGCUAGCUCGAUAGCUUGUGUGAUCCACUAGACCACUACCACCACUAAGUGGAGCUUGCUGUUACUACUACUGUUAGUGCUUAAACUCCCAGUUAAUUUUACUGCAGUAAUGGCUUAGUCGUGAGAUGUUGUUACCGUAUUGUGAUCAUGUAACGUGUCAUGUGUGUCACCUCCUUGUUCCUUUCACCACCGAUCACCAAGGCAUCAUGGUUUGCUCUGCUUAAUUACAGUCUUUUUUGUGCUUGGUAGAAAGGUUGACAAGAUUGCUCUGAGUUAUACCAAAUGUUAAGGUUAUCUGAAGAA